UUCCCGGUCUAUAUUUAGUUGUCAUAUGUCGCGCCUGUCAGCUGGGACCCCGCAGCAGGACACGCCUCUGGGCUGAAUGGAGCGCGCCGUGCGUAACGCCAGACCUGCCACGGAUCCAAACUUCCCCAUUAAUUCGUCUUUUUGCUGAGGAUUUGUCCGCCGUCGCUGUUCAUGGUCUUCUGAAGGCAGCGAUGACUCCUGAGGAAGAUCUCGUUCGAAUCGCGAAAAAGCUGGACAAGAUGGUGUCUAGAAAUAACACGGACGGUGCUCUGGACCUUCUGAAGGAGCUGAAGAACAUCAAAAUGACACUGAAGCUUCUCCAGGAAACAAGAAUUGGAAUGUCUGUGAACAGCAUCAGGAAGCACUGCACGGAUGAAGAAGCCAUUUCUUUGGCAAAGCUGCUCAUUAAAGACUGGAAGAGACUUCUGGACUCUGGUCGAACUCAGUCUGGGAAAGCGACUGAAGUGGAGAAUGGUGUGGACUCCAGCAAAAAGUCUUCAGGGUCCAACAGCCUCUCCCCGGAGAAGCAAGGCAGGUGGCUGGAAGUCAAAAUGAAAUCCGAUCCUGACACAAAACCCUCUGACAAAAACGGAGAGGAAAAGCAGAAAGACAGGCACACGCACAGACGGGAACCCGAGGAUAAAAAGGAAGAAAACGAGAAACACCUUCAAGAAAGCAGAGAGAAGAAACUCAAAGUGGUGCGAGGAGACGAGAGACCGGACCAGCGGACCCAGAAACACAACCGAGCCAAGGAGGAAGACUCAAAAAGGAUGAGACACGUGGAGGAGCUGAAGAGAGAAAAACAGACUGAAGAGAUGAAGAGGACUGCAGAUGAAGUGAGGAAGGAGAGCCGGCUGGUCCUCACGCCCGAUAGGCCGCCGCUGAAACCCCACAAACCUGCAGAUAAGCCUCUCUUUGAAAGACGAGGGGUUCUGGACAGCAGUGUCCUGUACCCCACUGGCCGCCCGUCGCCCCCGCGACCUGCUCGGCCCCCAAACCCCAAACGUCCUGCUGUGGAUGUGAAGAAGGACAGAAAAGACGACUCCGCCUCCAGAACCCCCCGCCCACCUCAACCGACCUCCCCCCCAGCUAAGAAACCUGCAGCAGAAGUGAAGAAAGAGAGGAAAAUUCCACCGGACCCGAAUGCUCCCAUAGCUCCUCUUCCUCUUCACCUUCAUCCUCCUCCACAAAGAAAAGAGCCUCCCGACCCCAACGCUCCUCUUCCUCCACUCCCUCUUCACCUCCACCCGCCGCCUCUGGCUCUGAAGCAUCCCUCUGUGGAUGGGAAGAAGGAAAAAGACAGGAGGAAAGUGUCCACAGACUCCAAGCCUCCUCAGCAGAAACACGAGAAAAGAGAAAGAAAAGAUUCAGUGGAUGGAAAAAUAUCUAAAAAGCUCUCAGGUGAUGCAAAGAAGGAGAGGAAAGAUUCAUCCGACUCUAAAGCGCAUCUUCCUAAAGAAUCGUGUGUUGAGGUCAAAAAAGACAAACACAGGAAGGAUUCCUGUGAUUCUAAGCCUGGCCAGCUCGCAAGAUCCCAUUCAACUGACUCUAAACUAGAAAGACAGGAAUCCACUGACUCAAAGCGAAGCAUCUCACCGCCAGCUAAGAAGCUUUCUGCUGAAAGGAGAGAAUCUCACGGUUCCAAACCUUCUCAGCCUGGACCUGCACAGAGGAAACCCUCCACUGACAGCAUGGAGCGAAAAGCUAAAACUGAAGCGCCGAGGACCCCCACCACCCCAACCAGCCCCAUGUCCCCCAGCUUCAGUUCUCCUGGGGGUCCGCUGCCCCCUCACCUGGCCACCGGAGACUCCGUCAGGGACAAAUGCAUCGAGAUGCUGGCGGCUGCCCUGCGCACAGACAAUGAUCACAAGGAUUUUGGAGUAAACUGUGACAGCAUGGCAGCAGAGAUUGAAGAUCAUAUCUACCAGGAGACGAGGGCCACAGACAUGAAGUACAAGAACAGAGUUCGGAGCCGCAUCAGUAACUUGAAGGACCCCAAGAACCCGGGGCUGCGCAGAAAUGUCCUGGCGGGCAGCAUCGAGUUAAGCCGCAUUGCCUCCAUGUCUGCGGAGGAAAUGGCCAGCGACGAGCUGAAGCAGCUGAGGAACGUUCUCACCCAGGAGGCCAUCAGGGAGCACCAGAUGGCCAAAACCGGCGGCACCACCACGGACCUGCUGCAGUGCGGCAAAUGCAAGAAGAAAAACUGCACCUAUAACCAGGUUCAAACACGCAGCGCUGACGAGCCCAUGACCACAUUUGUUCUGUGUAAUGAGUGCGGUAACCGCUGGAAGUUUUGCUGAUCCCUGCAAAGAACAGCCAGACUUUUAUCUGAGCCUUUUUGAUUGCCUUUUUUAUUUUCUAUAAUACGGGACUUGGAGGGAGCUUGUGAAUUGUUGCUCAUUAAAAAAUAAUGUUCUUACAAUUUCUACUUGAAUUGAAAUGAUUUUUAAGCAUGCGACAGUGAUAAAGGUUUGCUUCAUGUGGGUUAGAGGACUGUGUGCACAUCUGAUUUGAAAAUUGUGUUAGUAAAUCAACUCAGUUCUGACUUCAGAACAAAAAAAUAAUCAAUGGUUCUGUCAUAAUAAAAACAAACAUCAUGUCAUUUUGCAGCUGUUCAUUUUGUAUAUACGCAGUUUUAAUAAAGCCUCAUAAAUCAC